AGCAGGAGAUCGAAAAAAAUGGCGGAGCUCGGGAAAAUCUGUCCCGAGUCUUUGCCCUGCCGUGUCAACUACACGCAGAAAACGUCGUGUCAAGGGAAGCUGUUCAUCUUCCUUUGUGUACUUAUAGUGGAUUCCGGAGGAGCUACGACUCACUGGGUUGUCACGGAGGACGGAAAAAUUCAACAACAAGUGGACUCACCUUUAAACUUAAAACAUCCUCAUGAUGUUGUGAUCUUGAUGAGGCAAGAAACUCGUGUGAACUACCUCAAGAAGCUGGAGAAGCAGCUGGUAGCACAGAAGAUUCAUAUUGAGGAGAAUGAAGACCGAGACACAGGUUUGGAGCAGCGGCACUACAAGGAAGAUGCAGACUGUGUGCUGGCUAAGGUGCCCCUAGGAGACCUGGAUCUGUAUGAUGGCACAUAUAUCUCCUUAGAAAAUAAAGACAUCAAUCCUGAAGACUAUGUAGAUAUACAGUCUGCUCUGCCUCCUGAUCUAGAAAAGCCAGACUGUGCAAAAAUCUUUGAACUACCGUAUAGUAUCCAUUCUUUCCAGCAUCUCAGGGGUGUACAAGAAAGGGGAAACCUGACGUCUCCACUUCUUUCUACGGAUGAUCCCAUCUUUAGUUCGCUGUCUAAAAAGCUGGGCCGCAGUGUUGAUGAGGUGGGCUAUCACAUCUAUCAGAGCCUGCUGAGGAACUCAUCUUCCUGGGUGCUGUACAACAUGGCAUCGUUUUACUGGCGUAUGAAAAAUGAGCCUCAGAGAGCAGUGGACUGUGUAGUGCGUGCUUUGCAUUUCUCUCCAAGGCAGCAUAAGGACGUGGCGUUGAUCAACAUGGCCAACGUUCUGCACCGUGCCCAUUUCUCAGCAGAUGCUGCCAUUCUCGCCCAUGCUGCUCUUGACCUUACCUCAGACCUCUUCACCAGUCAAUACACUUUGGGUAACAUUUAUGCUAUGCUUGGGGAAUACAACCACUCAGUGCUGUGUUACGAGCAAGCACUGCAGGCCCAGCCAGGCUUCGAGCAGGCCCUGAGGAGGAAGCAUGCAGUGCUCUGUCAGCAAAAGCUGGAGCAGCGCCUAGAAGCCCAGCACAGAUCCCUGCAGCGAACGCUGAAUGAGCUGAAGGAGUAUCAGAAGCAACACGACCACUACCUCCGCCAACAAGAGGCACUGGACAAACAUAAGCUGCUGCAGGAAGAGCAGAUCCUGCGCAACAUUAUCCAUGAAACUCAGAUGGCCAAAGAAGCUCAGCUUGGGAACCAUCAGAUGUGUCGGCUGGGUCAGCAGCAGCGCAGCCUCUACUGCCCUUUCGACCUGCCUGUGCGUUACCACCGAGGUGACCUUUUCGAACAUGUCCAGUAUGUCCAAUUUGGGGAGGAGGUGUCUGUAGCUUCCAGUGUGGCACUUGUGUCAGAGCGCAACUCGAACCAGACAGCAGCCAGCCCCAGACUCCAUCCCUCCGUGUCCGGAGAGCAGGACCCUGCAGCCGCCCUCUGGGGGAGCCAUCAAGAUUACACACAGGACAUACAGAAGAUCUUGUGGCCUCAGAGUACAGACUGUGUACAGGAGUACUCUCAUGUACCUCCUGCUCACUUGCUGCCAACCUAUUACCUUUCACCUGAAACUCAAGGCCUCAACCCAGUGGCAUCUCUCCUCUAUGGCAGCAGCAGACCUUCCCAGGCUGUAGGUGUACCAGAUUGUGGCACUGCCCCCCAACCAUACCCAGCCCUCCUGCCUGCUUCAUUAGACUGGACCCUGGAAGAAAAUGAGCUCCCAGAUCCUUUUGCCUCAGAGAUACUACGUGUACGCAGUGGAGGAUUUACACUAGAGCAGAUUGGCAACAGAAUUGCUCACGCUAUGAAACAAAGUACUAUACCCCAGUGGCAGGUCCACAAUGAGGCAGCUCUUUUUUGGCGGGCCAAAGGCAAUGGCAGUCGUGUCCUGCAGUGCCUGCGACAAGUGCUGAGUUCAGCGCCACCAUCCCACCACCAUUUGCCUCUCACCAAUGCUGCUAACCUGCUGCUGCACCACGGCAUGACCACCCAAUCACAAACACUGCUGGAGCAUGCCUUGGCACUCAAUGCCUCAGAGCCUCACAUCCUGCUCAGCCUCGUGAGUGUGCAUUUGGCCCAGAGCAAUGUGACAGGUGCUCUGGAUUUGUUCCGCCGCAUCCUGGAAUCGACCCUGUCCUCCCCAUCUUCCUUCUCAUCCUUUGCUAGCUGUGAACAGUGUCGCAGCAGCCUACCUUUGCUGCGGUGCCUUCAGUUCUACCCCUCCCUUUACAACCUUUCACACCGGGAGUCUUGCUCACAGGGUGGUGUCUGUAUGCCUGAAGAAGAUCUGAGCAUACAGCUGGAGGAGUGGGAGGACAGCGAAGAGAAGCAGGAUACAGCUGCAGUUUCUGCCAUAGAAGACACACUGCUCUUUGACAAGGUCAUCUUGGAUAGUAAUGGCUCAGGCGAAGCAGCUGCACAGCAGCCGUCUCCCUCCACCUCAGGAACAACUAAAAUGACUCCAACCUUUGGAGAUGGAGGAGUGGAAAAAGAGGAAGAAUGGCAGCUGAAGGAGGACCUGAUGGGAGCGUUUGAAGGAGCAUUGGAUGUGGGAGGGAAACACGGGGACCUACGAGGGAUCCGAGUGCUAAAGAACGACCGUGUAAUGGGCGCUCGGGCAGGAAGUGGGCCAUGCUUUGGAAAUUGUGAGGAUGAUGAUGGAGCAGAGUGGAUCACUUUCCAAGUAAAGAGGGUCCGUAAACCUAAGGGGGAUGGGUCAGAAAAUGCCGGCAUCUCUGAUGAGAGCCAGACUGAGGAGUCCAUGUCUGCAGGGAACUCUGUCCUGGAGAUCAGUGGUCCAACCAUCCCGUCCCCUGGCCCUUCAGGUCGCUGGAGAGACUAUGCAAGUCUUGGGUGGCCCGGACCAGAGGAGUGCCAACGGACACGAAGGGUUGACCUCACCACAGUAGCUAGUACCUGGUUGGCCGUUUCUGCCAAGAAUAUUGACAUCACGGACCACAUAGACUUUGCCACUCCACUCCAGGAGCCAGCGGCUGAACCUUUAUGUAAUGCCAACUUGGCUGCUAGUAUGCACACCCUGGACCACCUGGCAGGUGUAUCCAACCGCGCCGCCAUCCACUACACAGGGGAGGGCCAACUGCGUGAGGUCCUUCAGAACCUUGGCAAAGAUACGUUCUCCCCCCAGUCCUUUGAGCAGGUGGGCACACGCAUCGCUAAAGUACUGGAGAAGAAUCAAACAUCUUGGGUAUUAUCCAGUAUGGCUGCUCUGUACUGGAGAGUGAAAGGCCAAGGCAAGAGAGCCAUUGACUGCCUGCGACAAGCCCUUAACUAUGCUCCUCAUCACAUGAAGGACGUUCCUCUCAUCAGCCUGGCCAACAUCUUUCAGAAUGCUAGAUUAUGGGAGGACGCUCUAACGGUCGCCCGUAUGGCAGUAGAGAUCGCCCCUCAUUUUGUUGUAAACCACUUUACCCUGGCCAACGUCUAUAUCGCCAUGGAGGAGUUUGAAAAAGCCAUGCACUGGUACGAGUCUACUCUGAAGCUACAGCCGGAGUUCGCCCCCGCCAAAGAUCGCCUGCGAACUAUUCAGUGUUACCUUCUCACUAAGAGGGAGCGCCGUCAGCCCUGAGCCCCUCGGACUGACCCCGUGGGAUCAGGAACUCCUCAGACACAUGCACAGGCUCAGAAACAGGCCGAAAACCACCCAUAGUUUGCAUAAAGUCAAAAUAAUAAGAUUAACCUGAAAUAAGAGGAUAUCAACAUUAAUGUUGAAUUGAAGUUUUUUUUUUCUUAUUUGAUGUUAAACCUCCCCCAAGAAGUGGUUUGGACUAUCAGAGUGCAAACACACCGUUCUGCCCCACAACUGCAAAACUUCCACCAGUUAAAAUGUUCCGACGGUAAAUUAAACUUUUUUUUUUUCUACAUUUGCUUGACUUUCAAAACUUUUAAGUGGGAUAAAGGUAUUGCUUUUGAGUUUUGAAUGAUUUUGCAUCAUUUUAAUUUUAAUCUGGGCUACCUGGAAGAAAUGAUGUCAUUCUAAAAGACAACUGGAAGUACGUGGCAUCAAAAAUCCAUCGUUGGCUCGUUGUUUGAACAGCAGGGACACACUGUCACCUGAAGGUGGCGCCAUUUAAAAAAUAAAAAAAGCAACAUUUCAAUUUUUAACCAAAAAGGAUCUUGCACAGGAUUUUUGUAAGCUUUUUGCUUUUCUGCUCAGAGGUGAACUG